UCAGGAACACAGCCGCAAUUGAGUUUAGAGGAGGGCUGCGCUCUGAGCCAGGCCUUCAUAUGCUCAGUAUCGCCAUGUGUGCUGCAGCUGCUGCAUUAGUGCGUAGCGCAGCUCUCGCCACAUUACUUCUUCACAUUGCAAUCCACACCACUGUUCCUCCCUCGCCCGGUCUUGUUUCAUUGCCUGCAGGCAUUGUUGGAUUAUUGCCUUCGUCAAUUGUGUGCGCGUGAAGAAGAAGCAAUUCCGUGAAUAAGAGCGGGAACAGUCGCUUGGAUUUGGAAGGUCGAGAAACGGAUUAUUCGAGCUUGGCGUGCCCUCCGAAUCGAGUUUCUCAAGAAGUUAGGUUGUGGAAGACGUAGGCCGAUUGGUACGAUCAGUGAGGGCUAACAUUGCCAUGGCGACGGCGAGCAGGAUGUCCAUGGGUGUGACGCCGUGCGGUUUGCAGAGCUUGUCUUUGACGAGGAAUGUGCGGAAGGUUUCCGCAUCUGUAGAGCGGCCGGGCGCAUGUUGUUCCAGGUGCUACCGCAGCGUGAAUGCGGGGUCUGCUCUGAAGAGGAUUGAUGUUCCCAGGAAGGAGUUGUUUGGCGCCUCGCUGAAAGGUCUGGUGCCGGGGAACGUGGGCAGAGCUGGCGCGGCGGGGCCUGUGAGUUGCGUAUUGGAGGAAGCCGCAGCUGAGCAAUUGGUGGAGAGCCCUCCGACGAAGAUUUGGCUGUCGGAUGUGGUGGUGAAGAGGCGCAGGAACUACUUCAAGAACAGGCAAUGGACGUCGAAGGACCUGACGUACGCGGGGUUCAUGAUCUUCAUGCACGGGCUGUGCUUGUUCGCGCCAGCGACGUUCUCAUGGGAGGCGGUGGGCGUGUUCAUGGGAUUGUAUGUGAUCACGGGGAUGCUGGGGAUCACUCUGUCGUAUCACCGGAACCUGUCGCACAAGAGCUUCAAGGUGCCGAAGUGGUUGGAGUACACGUUCGCGUAUUGCGGAGUGCAAGCCGUGCAGGGUGACCCAACGGAGUGGGUGAGCGCUCACCGGUAUCACCACCAGCAUUGCGACACGGAGAACGAUCCGCACACGCCGUAUGAGGGGUUCUGGCACAGCCACAUGGGGUGGCUGCUGGACGACGCCCAAACACAAGAAAGGGUGGGCGCGAGGAACAACGUGUCGGACAUGGAGAAGGACCCGUUCUACAACUUCAUAGAGAAGACGUAUCCAAUUCACCCGAUGCUACUGGCAGCAGCGUUGUAUGCCGUGGGAGGAUUUCCUUACAUCGUGUGGGGCAUGGCUGUGAGGACGGUGUGGGUGUAUCACAUCACAUGGUUUGUGAACUCUGCAUCGCAUGUGUGGGGAUCGCAGAAGUGGAACACGGGAGACUUGUCUCGGAACAACUGGUGGGUGGCAUUGCUGGCAUUUGGGGAAGGGUGGCACAACAACCACCACGCAUUCGAAUACUCAGCUCGGCAUGGCCUGGAAUGGUGGCAGUUGGACCCGACAUGGUGGGUGAUCCGGGGGUUAGAAGCCGUGGGUCUGGCCACGAAAGUGAAGCUACCGAGGAAGGAUCACAUGGAGAAGCUGGCAUUCAAGCCGACAUUGUAGAUUGCGCGCUAGAGAGUGAUGAAAGGUAAGGGAGUGGCCACAGUCGGGUUGGAAGCAGGAGUUGGCGCGAAGUUGUGCAACUGGGAAGGGAUGGGGCGUGGAUGUGAGGGUGAGGACCCUGCGACGAGUCAAGAGAGCAGGGAAUUCUUUCACAGCUUGAUGCGGUGCAGUCGGGUUAGGAUGGGGCCGGUAGAGCGGAACUAGUAGCUGCCAGAGUUGAGAAGUGUAAAACAGAUGAACGUGUACAUCAGGUCAGCUAGCCAUGUAUUUUACUCUUUGGUGCACAAAAUGUGUGUGCUGAUGUAAUGCGAGAAUGGAAAUGGUCACGUAUAAAUCACCGUUCUGCGUAUGCUGCAGAAACAUUCAUGAUA